AUGAACAACUGGCCCGGAACCAUCAUUCUCCCUACUCUUCUUCAUCUUCACAACCUCGCCUCAACACCAGCAGUAUCAUUCCUCGCAAACAAAUCCACAAACUCACAAACCCUCAGCCCAUCCACCUCCACCAACCUCAACACCCUCUCAAUCUCCUCCUCCCCAAACAUCAACCCCAUAUUCCUCACAAACUUCCUCCUCACCUCCCCCUUGGUCCUGGAAUUCCUCGCAUGGCCCACCGGAAACUCCACCAGCACCUCCUCCAACACCCUCCCCCCUUCAACCUCACCACCACCCCAGCCCCAAUACUCCUCUUCCCGGGAUCCAGAUAAUCCCUCGUCAACCUCUCAUCCACCGUCACCACAAUCCUGCUCCUCAACUCCUCCACCACCGGAUCCUCCCCCACCCCGCCUCAUCCCAAUAAUCCUCCACCACCAACUCCCCCCCUUCACCAACGCCACCGACACCACAAACUCCAAACAAUGA